GGCUGGGUGCCUUUGACCGGUGCAUGCCGGGAGGUAGUUUCCUUCUGUGAACUUCCAGGAAGAUUUUCCUCUCUCUUCUGUGAUUCACGACCUCCGCAGCCUGUCUUGGAGGACUGCAUCAGUAAUCGAAAAACCCAACCUUAGUGAUUCCUUUUUAUUACUAACGGUUUCCUUCCGUGGCAAGAAAUCUCCGGUCAGCUUUCCGUUUCCGGUUGGCUUUGUUGCCUUGGUAACUAGGACGCACAACCUCCGUGGCGGUUAUGGCGGGGCUGGGCAGUACUCAGAUCCCCGACGGGGAGUUCACCGCCGUCGUGUACCGGCUAAUCCGGGAUAACCGCUACGCCGAAGCGGUGCAGCUGCUGGGCGGAGAGCUCCAGCGGAGCCCGAGGAGCCGCGCCGGCCUGUCGCUGCUGGGCUACUGCUACUACCGCCUGCAGGAGUUCGCGCUGGCGGCCGAGUGCUAUGAGCAGCUGAGCCAGCUGCACCCGCAACUGGAGCAGUACCGCCUGUACCAGGCCCAGGCCCUGUACAAGGCCUGCCUUUAUCCAGAGGCCACCCGGGUCUCCUUCCUCCUCUUGGACAACCCCACCUACCACAGCCGGGUCCUCCAUCUGCAAGCUGCUAUCAAGUACAGCGAGGGCGAUCUGCCUGGGGCCAGGAGCCUGGUGGAGCAGCUACUGAGUGGGGAAGGGGGAGAAGACAGUGGGGGUGAGAAUGAGCCGGAUGGCCAGGUCAAUCUGGGAUGUUUGCUCUACAAGGAGGGACAGUAUGAAGCCGCGUGUUCCAAGUUCUUUGCAGCCCUGCAGGCCUCGGGCUACCGGCCUGACCUUUCCUACAACCUGGCUUUAGCCUAUUACAGCAACCGGCAGUAUGCCUCGGCUCUGAAGUACAUCGCGGACAUUAUUGAGCAUGGCAUCCGCCAGCACCCAGAGCUAGGUGUGGGCAUGACCACCGAAGGCAUUGAUGUUUGCAGUGUUGGCAACACUUUAGUCCUUCACCAGACUGCUGUAGUGGAAGCCUUCAACCUCAAGGCAGCCAUAGAAUACCAACUGAGAAACUAUGAGGUGGCCCAGGAAACCCUCACUGACAUGCCACCUAGGGCAGAGGAGGAGUUAGACCCUGUGACCCUGCACAACCAGGCGUUAAUGAACAUGGAUGCCAGGCCUACAGAAGGGUUUGAAAAGCUACAAUUUUUGCUCCAACAGAACCCCUUCCCCCCAGAGACCUUUGGCAACCUGUUGUUGCUCUACUGUAAGUAUGAGUAUUUUGACCUGGCAGCAGAUGUCCUGGCAGAGAAUGCUCAUUUGACUUAUAAGUUUCUCACACCCUAUCUCUAUGACUUCUUGGAUGCCAUGAUCACUUGUCAGACAGCUCCUGAAGAGGCAUUCAUUAAGCUUGAUGGACUAGCAGGGAUUCUGACGGAGCAGCUCCGGAGACUCACCAAAGAAGUGCAGGAAGCAAGACACAGUAGAGAUGAUGAAGCUGUCAAAAAGGCAGUGAAUGAAUAUGACGACAUCCUGGAGAAAUAUAUUCCUGUGUUGAUGGCCCAGGCGAAAAUCUACUGGAACCUUGAAAAUUACCCAAUGGUAGAAAAGAUCUUCCGCAAAUCUGUGGAAUUCUGUAAUGACCAUGAUGUGUGGAAGCUGAAUGUGGCCCAUGUUCUGUUCAUGCAGGAAAACAAAUACAAAGAAGCCAUCGGUUUUUAUGAGCCCAUAGUCAAGAAGCAUUAUAACAACAUCCUGAAUGUCAGUGCUAUUGUACUGGCUAACCUCUGUGUGUCAUAUAUUAUGACGAGUCAAAAUGAAGAAGCUGAGGAGUUGAUGAGGAAAAUUGAGAAGGAGGAAGAGCACCUCUCCUAUAAUGACCCAGAUAAGAAAAUCUACCAUCUCUGCAUUGUGAAUUUGGUGAUUGGGACACUUUACUGUGCCAAAGGAAAUUAUGACUUUGGCAUUUCUCGAGUUAUCAAAAGCUUAGAACCUUAUAAUAAAAAACUGGGAACUGACACCUGGUAUUAUGCCAAAAGAUGCUUCCUGUCCUUGUUAGAAAACAUGUCAAGACAUAUGACUGUGCUUUGUGACAGUGUUAUUCAAGAAUGUGUCCAGUUUCUAGAACACUGUGAGCUUUAUGGUAGGAACAUACCUGCCAUUAUUGAACAACCCCUGGAAGAAGAAAGAAUGCAUACUGGAAAGAAUACAGUCACCUAUGAAUCCAGACAGUUAAAAGCUUUGAUUUAUGAGAUUAUAGGAUGGAAUAUGUAGUCAUGUCUCAUUUUGGCUUUGGCUUUGUUAACUCUGUUUCACUCUUUAAAUCUUACUUAUCCUUGGCAUCUUUACAUUUGUUACAUGUUGAGCUUUGUACACUUAAAAUUAUAAUAACAAAUAUUGUUUGAGAAAGUUUCCCAUUUAAUUUAGAGCAUGGAGCAUACAGUAUGAGCUAAAUCAAUUUUGCAUUCUCUCUGCCAGUAACAGUCUCCAUGUCUUUCCCUCAAACAACAAUUGCCAGAAUGGCAUCUUUAUAUAAGCAGGUAACCCGAAAUCGCCAUUUAUAUUCUACUUUAUGCUGUAAAAAAGAGUGUGGCAUGAGACAAUGAACUGUUGGGAGUGGGUGUGUUUGCAUUCCUCUGGUGACUAAAUGAUUGCAGCCCAUGGCUGGACCAUUUCUCAACCAACAAAGACAGGUUCAGUGUGCCAUUUUAAGAUAGACUGUGCUGUCCAAUAAGACCAAUUCUGACCUUAACAGUAUGACUCCACUCCUUUUUUUCAGUCCUUUAACCUCUGGGUCUCAACAAAGUCAACUUUGGAUCCCGACCUAAGUUCUUUGUGAAGUACCAGUAUUAAAUGGAUGAUUUUUUUCUUGGUUCUUCUCAGGUUAUGAGGUUUGAUUUGUGACUUAAUUUUUCUUCCGUAACUUGGUUGAUUGGUUGGUCUUUAGUUUUAUAAUCAAUAGUUCCCUUCAUUUUCCAAUUUUGAUUUUCCAGAAUUGAUUGUGCCUUCUUGUGAAUACUGACAAGUAUGAAAGCUUUCUAAUAUGUUCAAUGUAGGGGAAAAUAAGCACUGAACUGACAACGAAAAGACUAAGGUAUGCAUUUCAGACCUUCCAGUCAAAUUUUAGGCCAUAAGAAAUUCAUUUACUCCUUGAGGUUUCAGUUAUUUGAACUACUAGGUGCU